UGUAUGCAUCCAUGCUGCAGCUGAGCACAGUAGCGAUGUAUGUGUUGUGGGUGUGUGUCAGCCUCCUCGGUGUGUUUCACACCUGUAGAGGAGUAAACCAUCUGAGACGUGAAAAUUCUCCCGGCAACAUCAUUAUUGGAGGACUUUUCUCCAUUCACUUAAAAACCAACAGAAGUAACGGACCCGGACCGCUCAUCUGUCAUGACUUUGACAUCCAGAGUUUCCUGCACUCUCAAGUGAUGAUUUACGCCAUCGAGGAAAUAAACCAACGCAGACUUCUGCCCAACUUCACCAUCGGGUACGACAUCUACGACACCUGUGCAGACGUCAGCCUCGCCAUCAGAGCAACGCUCCAGCUGCUGAAAGCUGAGUCCGAUCCCCUCAUGUGUGGACUGACUGAGGAUGCUCAGCCUCUUCCCGGAGACCCUGAGACAAAGGUGGUGAUUGGCGAACAGUCUUCCGAGGUGUCCAUAGCAGUGGCACGAAUCAUCUCUCUGUCAUCAGUGGCUCAGAUUAGCUAUGCAGCAACCUCCGAGCUGCUCAGCAGGAAAUACAAGUUCCCCACUUUUGUUCGAACUGUAUCGAGUGACAAACACCAGACACAGGGAAUUGUUGAACUGGCGAACAAGUUCAACUGGAAAGCCGUGGCCAUCGUGGGGAGUGAUGAUGAGUAUGGGAGGUACGGCAGCGAACGUCUCAGUGAUUACUUCUCAGUCAAUGACAUCUGCGUUGAAUUCAUGGAAAUCCUACCUAGCUACUUCAACCAAAACAUUUCAGAGAGCAGGAAACUGCUGGUUAAACUGGUGGGACUUAUCAAUGACUCCUCAGCAGAGGCGAUUGUUUUGUUCACCAAGGACACCAAUGUAGAAAUAAUCAUGUUGGAGGCUAUUGAACACAAACUCAACCGAACCUGGAUUGCAAGCGACACGUGGUCCACCUCCACAAAGAUAUCCACACUGCCAGGCAUUGAGUUGGCCGGGCAGGUCUUCGGAUUCACCUUCAAUGGACGGGAAGUGCCAGGUUUCAGACAAUACCUCAUGUCACAAGUCGACAGGACACACGGUGCCAUGACGGCAGAAAGUCCGUUUUGCUUGGAUGAGUCCAGCAAGAACACAGUGGAGGACUGCGUGCUACCAAACAGCCAACAUCAGUCCAAACAGUGUCUGGACCCGGAGUGCUUGAUAAAGUACAUUGACAAGGACUACUCCUAUAGCAUCUACUUGGCUGUUGGGGUCAUCGCUGACAGUCUGAGACGCCUGAUGAAAUGUAACAGCCAAUGGUGUGAACGGACCUCGGAUUUCACAGCCUUGGAGCUUCUUGAGGAAAUUAAAAAAGUCAACUGUACAGUGAACACCACGCACAUAUUCUUCGACGAGAAUGGGGACCCCAGUUUAGGAUAUGCUAUAGUGUACUGGAAUCGAUCUGAUACCGAAAUAAAAAUCAUUGGGGAGUACUGGCCAAACGGAACGAUUAGAGUCCCGGAUCAUCUUGAGGAAGCCAUGACUGCUGAUGAGGUGACUGCCUACAACUGCUAUAAGACGUGCAAACCUGGUCUGGAGUUGAGAAUGCCGGACAAGAGGAACAAGUGUUGUGGUUACUGUGCACCCUGUGCGGAUGGGGAUUUCUCCCCUGGGAAUGGUACUGCGUGCCAGCACUGCGGUGAAAAGCAGUUUUCGAUGGAUGGCCAGAGAGACAAAUGUUUCAACAUCACUGAGGAGUACCUCAACUGGUCCAACCCCUUCUCCAUCACUCUGAGCUGCUUGGCGGCCUUGGGGAUAAUCAUUACCAUCUCGUUCGCCGUUCACUUUGCGAUCUAUCAGGGCACUCCCAUCGUGAAGGCCGUCGGAGGGUACCUGGUCUUCCUGGAGCUCCUUUCCCUGCUGGCCUGCUUCUGCCUCACGUUCAACUUUCAGGACAAACCCACUCGGGACUCCUGUCGCAUCGGCCUGCCCCUCUUUGGCGUGGCGUUUUCCCUCUGCAUAUCAUGCAUCCUCGCUAACCUGCUUCAGAUCCUGGUGUGUUUUGACUUUAACACGAAGGUGGCGUCCUGGAUAAAGAGGAUUGACCGAGUCGUCGUGGUGACCGUCGUCUCGGGGAUCCAGCUGACCCUGUCGGUCGCGUGGAUGUUGUUGGACCCGCCAGUCCCCGAGGAGACGGAAAUCCACCCCCACAACGUGCACACGUGCACGCUGCAGUCAGUGGGGUUCUUUGCAGCCAUGAUAGCCUACCUCGCCUUCUGGGCCUUCGUUUGCUUCGUGUUUGCCUUUAAAGGCAAAAAGUUGCCAGAUCUGUAUAAAAAUGCAGUUUUAAUCAGCGUGAGCAUGCUGCUGUUUCUGAUCAUAUGGAUCAUCUUCGUCCCACUCUUCCUCGCUUUGAAAGGGAGGAACAAGGCAGCGGUGGAGAUUGCGGCCAUUCUCAUUUCGAGCUACAGCGUCCUGGGCUUUCACUUGGCCCCAAAGUUUUACAUCAUGAUCUUCAGAAAGGAGCUUAAUAAUGAGAACGCCAUCACCGGGUACAUCAAAAAGCAUUAUGAGCAGCAGGGAAGAGCAGUGAUUGCAUCCUGACGCAGUACACAAACAAAAUGACAACACAAAGAGACGACAGUAAAGAAACAGAUCGAUCAUAGUAACAUAGAUCUACACACAAAACAACCAAAUACCUUCACAGAGAGAGGUGAAACAACCACAAAACUGAAUAUAAUAACUAAGUGUGUUUAUGAUGCAAACGUUUCUGUUUCAGCCAUUUCAAAACGUAAAAAAAUGUAAAAAAAAAAAAAAAAAAAAAAGACAAAGGCACUGUCUCAUUGUGUUUUUGUUUCUCUUUCUAGACUUCAGUCAAUUACUGUU